UGUCCACAUUAUUCCCCGCUUCUCGUUGUUCCCGUGAAACAUCCACCAGCGGGUUUUUUGUCUUUUCAAUGGCCUCGUGAAUCAAAGUGCGUGCUUUUACCUCGUCAGUGGAUUAAUAAGAGAACAUUUACAGUGCGAGUUUGAAGCUGCAGUCAAAUCACGGUCUUGAACAAUAGAUGCCAAUCGUUUCAUCACCAUGGCAACAGAAGAUAAGAAACCAGAGACUGACACCAAACCUCCAGUUGUGCCGUCAGCGUCUUCCAGUCAAAGCAAGUCUGCACCCGCCAAACCAAACUACAGCCUGAAGUUCACGCUGGCCGGUCACACCAAAGCUGUCUCCUCGGUCAAAUUCAGUCCCAGUGGAGAGUGGCUCGCCAGCUCCUCUGCCGAUAAACUCAUCAAAAUCUGGGGAGCUUAUGACGGCAAGUUUGAGAAAACCAUAGCUGGACACAAACUAGGAAUCUCAGACGUGGCCUGGUCCUCUGACUCCAACCUCCUGGUCUCUGCGUCGGACGAUAAAACUCUGAAGAUCUGGGACGUCAGCUCAGGAAAAUGUCUAAAAACUCUAAAAGGCCACAGCAACUACGUCUUCUGCUGCAACUUCAACCCUCAGUCUAACCUGAUCGUGUCAGGGUCGUUUGACGAGAGUGUGAGGAUAUGGGACGUGAAGACGGGGAAAUGUCUGAAAACUCUGCCGGCGCACUCUGACCCCGUCUCUGCUGUUCAUUUCAACAGAGACGGAUCUCUCAUCGUGUCCAGCAGCUACGACGGCCUCUGUCGAAUCUGGGACACAGCGUCGGGACAGUGUUUGAAGACGCUCAUAGACGACGACAACCCUCCCGUGUCCUUCGUCAAGUUUUCUCCAAACGGCAAAUACAUCCUGGCUGCAACACUGGACAACACACUGAAACUGUGGGACUACAGUAAAGGAAAGUGUUUGAAAACAUACACGGGCCAUAAAAACGAGAAGUACUGCAUAUUUGCGAAUUUCUCCGUCACAGGUGGAAAGUGGAUCGUGUCGGGUUCAGAGGACAACAUGGUUUAUAUCUGGAACCUGCAGACCAAGGAGAUUGUGCAGAAACUGCAGGGACACACAGACGUGGUCAUCUCGACCGCCUGUCACCCGACAGAGAACAUCAUCGCGUCUGCGGCUUUAGAAAACGACAAAACCAUCAAGCUAUGGAGAAGCGACUGCUAAUUUCUUCAGCCUUCACGUUUGUUUUUGUCUCGUCGCUAACGAACAGAAAACCACAGCAGAGACAUUUUAGAGACACGCCGGUCUGUCCUCGUCUGUCUUCUGUCUCUGAUGGUGACAGUAGUUACAGUGUUUCUCUGGUGCUUCGGUGUUUUCUGUUGUUAUUUUGUAAUCGCUGUAUUAACUUGCUCACCAGCUCUCUCACACACACACACACACACUUUGUUUUUCUACAAUAAAUUUAAUGCUCAUUUCUACUUUUUUCCUUUUUUAAAGUCGAACUGUUUGUAGCAUCAGCGUCAUGGCUUCAUGUUUAAAGGUCCAGUGUGUAAACAUGUUUAUUAAAGUGAUUUUACACAUUAUUUUUGCUUCAAUUUCUGACAAAUGAAAAUAAAUUCAGCUAAAUUUUACACACUGGACCUUUUAAGUGAACCAUCUGAACAAAUAAUAACCUUUUUUUCCCCUUCAAUGUUAAUUAUUAUAAAUAACGUCAUUUUUUUUCAAGCUCAAUAAUCAGGAAGUUAGUUUAAACUUGAAAUAAUAAUAUUAAUAAUAAUGUCAUUAAAUUUAACUCCAUCUUCCCAAACAAAUGUCAGUGUUUCACAGUUACCAUGGUGACCAAAUGCAGUUCUUUUGUGAUGUAGUUUUUGUACAUAUUCACUGUCAGUGUUUGUUGUGAACGUGUGAAACGUCAGGUUCUGUGGUGAGUGACAGCUGUCACCUGCGACUCAAUAAAACACUUUUCUAUG